AUGAUGGUCACAUCCCAUCUAUCUACAUCAUUAAUACACAUUUUCCUUACGUUCUUUCUUUUCUUUCUUUCUUUCUUUCUUUUUUCUUUCUUUCUUUCUUUCUUUCUUUCUUUCUUUCUUUCUUUCUUUCUUAUACCCAUCCUCUCUCACUCGCUUACUAUUUCCUCAAAAUGUUUUCUUGUGUUUCACCUUUUUUUUCUAAUUGUAUUUCUCUUAACGUUCUUUCUUUCUUUCUUUCUGCUAAUUAUCUUUUUCAUCAUUCUCUCUUUUCCUCAUUAUUUUUGUCUGGACGCUAGUUGGGCUUUCCUCUCCAUUCUUACUUCCGACACUCUUGCCCUUUAUUCUUUCCGGCUAUCACGGGCAUAUCUAACCGAAGGUAACAUAUGUGGGGCUACUCAGUGUAGAGUGAAUAUUUCCUUAUCUGCUUUCUUUCUUUCUUUCUUUCUUUCUUUCUUUCUUUCUUACUGCUGUCUGUCAUUCUUUCUGUCUUUCAUUCUUCCGUUCUUUCUUUCUGUUUUUCUUUCAUCUGUUCUUUCUUACUAUUUUUCUUUCGUUCUUUCUUACUGUCAAUUCUUCUUUCUUUUUUCUUUCUUUCUUUCUUUCUUUCUUUCUGUCUUCCAUUCUUCCGUUCUUUCUUUCUUUCUUUCUUUCUUUAUGUUGUCUGUCAUUCUUUCUGUCUUCCAUUCUUCCGUUCUUUCUUUCUUUAUUUCUUUCAUUCUUUCUUUCUUUCUUUCUUUCUAUCUUUCUUUUUUCUUUCUAUCUUUCUUUUUUUUUGUUGUCUGUCAUUCUUUCUGUCUUCCAUUCUUUUUCUUUCUUUCUUUCUUUCUUUCUGUUUCUUUCUUUUCUUGUUGUCUGCCAUUCUUUUCUGUCUUCCAUUCUUCCGUUCUUUUUUCUUUCUUUAUUUCUUUCAUUUUUUCUUUCUUUCUUUUUUUCUUUCUUUCUAUCUUUCUUUUUCUUUUGUUGUCUGUCAUUCUUUCUGUCUUCCAUUCUUUCUUUCUUUCUUUCUUUCUUUCUUUCUUUUCUGUUGUCUGCCAUUCUUUCUGUCUUCCAUUCUUUCUUUCUUUUUUUCUUUCUUUUCUGCCAUCUUUCUUUCUUUCUUUCUUUCUGUUGUCUGUCAUUCUUUCUGUCUUCCAUUCUUUCUUUCUGUAUUUAUUUCUUUCAUUCUUUCUUUCUUUCUUUCUUUCUAUCUUUCUUUCUUUUGUUGUCUGUCAUUCUUUCUGUCUUCCAUUCUUUCUUUCUUUCUUUCUUUCUUUCUUUCUUUCUGUUGUCUGCCAUUCUUUCUGUCUUCCAUUCUUUCGUUCUUUCUUUCUUUCUUUCUUUCUUUCUUUCUUUUUCUUUUGUUGUCUUCUUUCAUUUCAUUCUGUCUUCCAUUCUUUUUCUUUCUUUUUCUUUCUUUUGUUUUCUUUCUUUUUUUUGUUGUCUGUCAUUCUUUCUGUCUUCCAUUCUUUCUUUCUUUCUUUCUUUCUUUCUUUCUUUCUUUCUUUUGUUGUCUGCCAUUCUUUCUGUCUUCCAUUCUUUCUUUCUGUAUUUAUUUCUUUCAUUCUUUCUUUCUUUCUUUCUUUCUUUUUUCUUUCUUUCUUUUUCUAUUUUCUUUCUUUUUGUUGUCUGUCAUUCUUUCUGUCUUCCAUUCUUUUUCUUUUUUUUUUCCUUUUUUUUCUUUCUUUCUGUUGUCUGCCAUUCUUUUUCUGUCUUCCAUUCUUUUUUUUUUCUUUCUUUUCUUUCUUUCUUUCUUUCUUUCUUUCUUUCUCUUUUUGUCUGUCAUUCUUUCUGUCUUCCAUUCUUUCUUUUUCUGUAUUUAUUUUCUUUCAUUCUUUUUUCUUUCUUUCUUUCUUUUUUCUAUCUUUCUUUCUUUUUUGUUGUCUGUCAUUCUUUCUGUCUUCCAUUCUUUCUUUCUUUCUUUCUUUCUUUCUUUCUGUUGUCUGCCAUUCUUUCUGUCUUCCAUUCUUUCUUUCUGUAUUUAUUUCUUUCAUUCUUUCUUUCUUUCUUUCUUUCUUUCUUUCUUUCUAUCUUUCUUUCUUUUGUUGUCUGUCAUUCUUUCUGUCUUCCAUUCUUUCUUUCUUUCUUUCUUUCUUUCUUUCUGUUGUCUGUCAUUCUUUCUGUCUUCCAUUCUUUCUUUCUGUAUUUAUUUCUUUCUAUUCUUUUUCUUUCUUUCUUUCUUUCUAUCUUUUCUUUUCUUUUUUCUUUUUGUUGUCUGUCAUUCUUUCUGUCUUCCAUUCUUUUUUCUUUCUUUCUUUCUUUCUUUCUUUCUUUUUCUGUUGUCUGCCAUUCUUUCUGUCUUCCAUUCUUCGUUCUUUUCUUUUUUCUUUCUUUUCUUUCUUUUCUUUUUCUUUUCUUUUUUGUUGUCUGUCAUUCAUUCUGUCUUCCAUUCUUUUCUUUCUUUUUUUCUUUCUUUCUUUCUUUCUUUCUUUCUUUCUGUUGUCUGCCAUUCUUUCUGUCUUCCAUUCUUUUCUUUCUUUCUUUUCUUUCUUUCUUUCUGUUUUCUGUCAUUUUUUUCUGUCUUCCUUCCAUUCUUUCUUUUCUUUUUUCUUUCUUUUUUCUUUCUUUCUUUUUUCUGUUGUCUGCCAUUCUUUUCUGUCUUCCAUUCUUUCUUUCUUUCUUUCUUUUCUUUCUUUUUUCUUUCUUUCUUUCAUUGUUGUCUGUCAUUCUUUUCUGUCUUUCCUUUCUUUUUCUUUCUUUCUUUAUUUCUUUCAUUCUUUUCUUUUCUUUCUUUCUAUCUUUCUUUUCUUUCUUUUUGUUGUCUGUCAUUCUUUCUGUCUUCCAUUCUUUCUUUUUCUUUCUUUUUCUUUCUUUCUUUCUUUCUUUCUUUUUGUUGUCUGUCAUUCUUUCUGUCUUCUUCCAUUCUUUCUUUCUUUUCUUUCUUUCUUUCUUUCUGUUGUCUGUCAUUCUUUCUGUCUUCCAUUCUUUCUUUCUUUUCUUUUUAUUUCUUUUUCUUUUCUUUCUUUCUGUUUUCUGUUGUCUGUCAUUCUUUUUCUGUCUUCCAUUCUUUCUUUUCUUUCUUUCUUUCUUUCUUUUCUUUUCUUUUUCUGUUUCUUUCUUUCUGUUGUCUGUCAUUCUUUUCUUGUCUUCCAUUUCUUUCUUUUCUUUCUUUUCUUUCUUUCUUUCUUUUCUUUCUGUUGUCUGUCAUUCUUUCUGUCUUCCAUUCUUUCUUUCUUUCUUUCUUUCUUUCUUUUUCUGUUGUCUGUCAUUCUUUCUGUCUUCCAUUCUUUCUUUCUUUCUUUCUUUCUUUCUUUCUUUCUUUCUUUCUGUUGUCUGUCAUUCUUUCUGUCUUCCAUUCUUUCUUUCUUUCUUUCUUUUCUUUCUUUCUUUCUGUUGUCUGCCAUUCUUUCUUUCUUUCUUCCAUUCUUUUUCUUUUCUUUUCUUUCUUUCUUUCUUUCUUUUCUUUCUUUCUGUUGUCUGUCAUUCUUUCUUUCUGUCUUCCAUUCUUUCUUUCUUUCUUUUAUUUUUUUCAUUCUUUUUCUUUCUUUUCUUUUUCUUUUCUUUCUAUCUUUUUUCUUUCUUUCUUUUGUUGUCUGUCAUUCUUUCUGUCUUCCAUUCUUUCUUUCUUUCUUUCUUUCUGUUGUCUGCCAUUCUUUCUGUCUUCCAUUCUUCCGUUCUUUCUUUCUUUCUUUCUUUCUUUCUUUCUUUCUUUCUUUCUUUCUUUCUUUUGUUGUCUGUCAUUCUUUCUGUCUUCCAUUCUUUCUUUUUCUUUUUUUUUUUUUCUUUCUUUCUUCUGUUGUCUGUCAUUCUUUUCUGUCUUCCAUUCUUUCUUUCUUUCUUUCUUUCUUUUUCUUUCUUUUCUUUUCUUUCUUCCUUUCUGUUGUCUGCCAUUCUUUCUGUCUUCCAUUUUUUCUUUUCUUUCUUUUCUUUCUUUCUUUCUUUGUUUUCUCGGCCUUUCUUUUGUCUGUCAUUCUUUCUGUCUUCCAUUCUUUCUUUCUUUCUUUUUCUUUCUUUCUUUUUUCAUUUUUCUUUCUGUUGUCUGUCAUUCUUUUCUUUCUGUCUUCCAUUCUUUUUUUUCUUUUUUUUUCUUUCUUUCUUUCUUCCUUUCUGUUGUCUGUCAUUCUUUCUGUCUUCCAUUCUUUCUUUCUUUUCUUUCUUUCUUUCUUUCUUUCUUUCUGUUGUCUGUCAUUCUUUCUGUCUUCCAUUCUUUCUGUCUUCCAUUCUUUCUUUCUUUCUUUCUUUCUUUCUUCCUUUCUGUUGUCUGUCAUUCUUUCUGUCUUCCAUUCUUUCUUUCUUUCUUUCUUUCUUUCUUUUUCUUUUUUUUCUGCAUCAUUUUCUUUCUUUUUUCUUUCUUUCUUUCUUUUGUUGUCUGUCAUUCUUUCUGUCUUCCAUUCUUUCUUUUUCUUUCUUUUCUUUCUUUUUUCUGUUGUCUGCCUUUUUUUCUUUCUGUCUUCCAUUCUUCCGUUUUUCUUUUCUUUCUUUUCUUUCAUUUUUCUAUCUUUCUUUCUUUUGUUGUCUGUCAUUCUUUCUGUCUUCCAUUCUUUUUUCUUUCUUUCUUUCUUUUUCUUUCAUUUUCUUUCUUUCUUUCUUUUGUCUGUCAUUCUUUCUGUCAUUUUCAUUCUUUCUUUCUUUCUUUCUUUAUUUCUUUUUUCUCUUCUUUCUUUCUGUUGUCUGUCAUUCUUUCUGUCUUCCAUUCUUUCUUUCUUUCUUUCUUUUUUCUGUUUCUUUCUUUUUUUCCAUUUUUUUCUUUCUUUCUUUCUUUUUCUUUUUUUCCUUUCUGUUGUCUGCCAUUCUUUCUGUCUUCCAUUCUUUCUUUCUUUUUUCUUUCUGUUUUCUUUUUUUCUUUCUUUUCUUUCUGUUGUCUGUCAUUCUUUCUGUCUUCCAUUCUUUCUCUUUCUUUUUCUGUUGUCUGCCAUUCUUUCUGUCUUCCAUUCUUUCUUUCUUUCUUUCUUUCUUUCUUUCUUUCUAUCUUUCUUUCUUUUGUUGUCUGUCAUUCUUUCUGUCUUCCAUUCUUUCUUUCUUUCUUUCUUUCUUUCUUUCUUUCUUUCUGUUGUCUGCCAUUCUUUCUGUCUUCCAUUCUUCCG